GGCUGGGUCUACACAACGUUCUUUGAUAAGACAAACUAGGUGGAACAAGAGGACCGUCGUUUCCCCAUCAAAUAUAGACCGAACCUCUGUCCCUUCUGCCUCAUCCAGUCUGUGGCAAUCUGAAGUGGCAAUCUGAAUCAUGUCAUACGGGCGGCCAGAGAGCUAUCGCUCAAAGCCACGGGAUUUCAACCACCUCAUUCAAACAUGCAGCUCCAAUAUCCAGAAAAUCACCCAGAACACUGGCCAGAUGAAGACCAUGCUGUACCAGCUGGGCACGAGACAGGACACGCCUCAGCUCCAGGAGAAACUUCAACAGGUGCAGCACUACACAAACCAGCUGGCCAAAGAGACCAACCGUCACCUGAAGCUUCUGGGAUCCCUUCCCCUCCCCCACUCACCCUCAGAGCAGCGCCAGCAGAAGAUCCAGAAGGAACGUCUGAUGAAUGACUUCUCGGCAGCCCUCAACAUCUUCCAGGCUGUGCAGCGCCGCGUGGCCGAGAAGGAGCGAGAGUCCGUGGCCAGAGCACGCGCAGCAAACCGUCUACCAGCGGACGAGGAACUUCGGAGGCCAGAUCAACGACUUGUGGCAUUUGGAAACAAUGAGGAGAGGAGUCCGCUACAGAUGCAAGUGGAGCAGCAGCUGCCCAUCACAGAGGAGGAGCUGGAGACCAUCAGGGAGAGAGAGACCAACAUCAGGCAACUAGAGUCAGAUAUUAUGGACGUGAACCAGAUAUUUAAAGAUUUGGCAGUGAUGAUUCAUGACCAGGGUGAAAUGAUCGACAGCAUUGAGGCACAUGUGGAGAGUGCCGACACACAUGUGGACCGGGGCGUUGAACAGCUCCAGAGGGCUGCAUAUUACCAGAGAAAGGCUCGUAAGAGGAAGUGUAUCCUGGCCAUCAUCCUGGCGCUGGUGUUGACCAUACUCGGCAUCAUCAUCUGGCAGGCCUCCAGAUAAGACCAAGCGUCACGUCACGUCACGUCACGUCACGUCACGACACGACACGACACGACACGACACGGCACAGAGUGUCACCUGUUACAAGCACAUGGAAAACAGAAGACUCAAAUACAGUGCAGGAUUAUAGCGUCAUAAUGGGGAAGA